AUGCCUCAUUUUUUACUGUCACAGACUGCCAUCCUCUGUCUUUUCUUUUUUGCUUGCAGUCUAGCUGUGGAGAUGAAGAGGUUCACAGCCAGUCCCACAAAUUCUCCCCUCCAAACUCUGCUGGUAAAAAGUAAUUCAGUUUACGCGGGAGGAAGAAACGCCCUAUUUCAACUGAGCACAGACCUGGAAAAAAUAUCAGAAGUGGACAAGAGUCCCACAGAGAAUUGUGAAAACGAAGCCGGUUGUUUCAAUGAUAUAAAAAUUGUCCAGUACAAUGAAAGGAAAGAUUUACUGCUGGUCUGUGGGACAGCUAGUUUUGGUUCUUGCAGUCUGCAUUCACUUAAAAACAUGUCAGUGUUUCGUGAUGUAGGUGGAGCAAACACUGGUCCAUAUGUUGGCAGUAAAAAAUCUUCAAAAGUUGUCCUGACAACGAAAGAUGAGAGUAGCACUUUAGACUUAAUUUUUGUUUUUCAUGAGUAUGAUGGUAGGGACUUUAACAAUUCACCCGUUGCUGUCUCUAUAAGAAAGCUAGAAUCUGCAAAUGCUGACCCAGUGUUAAAUUAUGCAUUAUACGACCCAGUUUUGCAUCAAAUCUCAUGGUUAGAUAUCAAUCGGACAAUAAAAAAUAAUUAUUAUAUGUCUUUUAUAUACACAUUCAAAUUUGAAGGUUUUAUAUAUUUUGUGAUGAACCAACAGAAGAGUUUGAAAUAUGAAAAUGAGGUCCGUGUUAGAAUUGGACGAAUUUGUUCUCAGUUGGACAUUAAACUAGAGUCUUAUGUUGAAUUGGAACUCUCCUGUCUUGAGGGUGAUUUAGAAUUUAACAAAGCUACAGAUGCAGUGUUUUUUGAAAACACCUUGUACAUUUCAACUGUCCGACUUCAGCCAUCCAACCGUGAUGACAUUGAUUUCAGCAAAGGGUCCGCCAUAUGUGAAUUCCCUAUAGCAAAGAUUAACGAUGGCUUCAGGCAAGGUAUACUGCUUUGUUAUAGUGGUUCCAAAGGUUCUCAACUAGAAUGGCCCAAGGGUGAGGAAUUAGCAUGUGUUCAAGAUGGUAUUAGUUACAGUAAACUGAUUGCUGCAACUCAUCAAGAUUGUAGUCCUUCAUAUAAAAGCAAUCUUGGAGUAAGGGCAAGCACUCCCACCAAGAGUACACCUCCUAUAAUCAAACUGUCAACAAUAGUGACAUCCAUAAAACCUUACUAUGUUGCGGCAGACACAACUAAGAUGGUGUUCCUGGUUGGAGAUACAAAUGGAACUAUUAGAAAGAUCAGAAAAUAUGACAACCAAUAUAAAGAAUUUUUAAAAGUCAACCUUGGUCCAAAUCCUAUUAGUAGCAUAGAAGCAGAGUCGGAACAAAACAACAAUAUGUUCAUUCUUACUGGUGAUUCAGUAGUGAAAUUUCCUGCGUCCUCCUGUGGUCUUUACUUAGACUGUGAGGCUUGUAUAACCAGCAGGGAUCCACUGGGGUGUGGGUGGUGUGGGGACUCCUGCACUAACCAGUCUGAGUGUGCAGAGAAAGGCGAGUCUUGGAAAGCCACUGAGAAUUUGUCAUGCCCACCAAUCAUUUACUCUAUCAGCCCAAAAUCUGGCCCAACAAAGGGCGGAACAAAAUUAACAAUCACCGGUAAACUUUUCGGGAAUGAAAAAGCUGAAAAAAAAGGGACCAUAGGAAAAUUUGAGUGUGACAUCAAUGCAAUUGAGUCAAACUCUACUGUGGUGUACUGCAUUACUAGAUCAUCCGAUACUGAAUUCUACAAUGUUGUUAACAUUUAUGUACAUGAUUUGACCACCCCACUAGAACGCCCAUUUCAUAUCUACGGAGCGAAUAACUCUAAUGAUUUGUUCUUUUAUAAGGUUCCCACUGUUUCUACCUUUUCACCACAAAGAGGUCCACAGAGGGGAGGUACAAAAAUAACCAUUUUUGGACAGAAUUUGGAUAUUGGUUCAAGUAUCAAUGUGACUAUUGCCAAUAAACCUGCCUGCAUUGUUGACACAGACAGAACGUCUCCAAAUGAGUUAUACUGCACCACCAGAAAGUGGUCAGAAUCUCUUGGUAAAAGACGCCGUCGCUAUGCCAACAGGGCUAAGGAAUAUGGUUCACUGCAAGUGAAUAUUGACAAUGAAAAGUUGACUGCACAGAGUAACGGAGAAGACAUUAAUUUCUUCUACAUGCCUGAUCCACAAAUAACAUUAAUCAGCCCUAAAAAGUCAAUACUGAGUGGAGGAAUUCCAAUAACAGUCACUGGCAAUAACUUAGAUGCUUCUGUUGCACCAGUUAUGGGUGCAACUUCUAAUAAUCAAGAAUUUGAUUCCACCACAACAUGCAAGGUUGAUAGUGGUGGAACUACAAUGAUCUGUCCUUCGAUAAAUAUUCCGAAACCAGAAAAUGUUCAAGCCUAUUUUUUGUUUGAUGGAAAUAAAGUGGAGUUGCAGUCAUUUAUAUCGGACAUACAUUAUUAUCCAGAUCCAGUUAUUCUAAAAUUCAAAAAAACUGUCAUACAAAGUGAAGUGGAUAAAGAAAUUAUUUUUUUGGGCAAGGACCUGUUGUCAGUCAACAAAAGAGACAUAAUUGUGACAAUUGGAGGCAAAUUGUGUAAUGUGACAUAUAUUGAUGCAAGUGAAUUUAAAUGCAAGCCAAAUGUGUCUGGAUUAAAAGUUGAUGGCGGACCAAAGUAUGCUGUUCAGAUUAAAAUAGGAAACUUGGCCUUCAACACAACAGAGAUUGGUCUCAUUGAAUACCUACAAGCAGCGGCAACUGCUAUCUCAGGUGGCAUCAUUGCACUCAUCAUCAUCCUCAAUCUUCUUUUUAUGGCUGUUAUUAUACUGCUUAUAGUCAUGAGGCGCCAACGGUGUGGAUUCUUCAAACCACCAAAGUAUACAGUCAACAAUCAAGUCCAGUUCACCCAAGAGAAUACACCAUUGAGGGCGGAGUCAUUUCACACAAAUAAUCAGUACAGUGAUGGUGGUGCAGUGAGUGUAGGAGCUGAAGCCCACGCCCACAUUGAUGAAGAGACCCUGAGGUUAAUUGAAUCAGAACAUCUUCUAGUGGACAGGGAUUGUCUAGUCCUGGCUGAUGAAAUAGGAAAAGGCAAUUUUGGAUGUGUGAAAAGAGGAUUUUUAACCUUACCUGAGCAGAAAGGAGACAUACUAGUAGCUGUGAAAACUUUACAUGACAACAACCCAAGAGAUAUAGAGCUGCAAGGUUUCCUCCAGGAGGCCCUCAGGAUGAAAGACUUCAACCACCCGAAUGUGUUGGCUCUGAUUGGAGUCUGUCUAGACCUGGAUGAGAUGCCUCUUGUGGUCCUGCCCUUUAUGAAACAUGGAGAUUUACUUACAUACAUACGAGAUGAGAAAAAUCUACCUACUAUAAAAGAUUUAAUUAUGUUUGGCAUUGACAUUGCCAAAGGCAUGGAUUAUCUGUCCAGUCUCAAGUUUGUACACAGGGAUUUAGCAGCUAGAAACUGCAUGUUGGAUGAAGAGUUCCAUGUCCGAGUGGCAGAUUUUGGUCUAGCCAGGGACAUCUAUGAGAAAGAAUAUUACAGCUCUGCCAACAAGAAGGCUAAGCUUCCAGUGAAAUGGAUGGCCAUUGAAAGCUUGGAGAAGGGGACAUACAGCCCAAAAUCAGAUGUGUGGUCAUAUGGUGUUGUCUUGUGGGAACUGAUGACUAGAGGUCUCAUGCCCUAUCCUGAAGUGGACAACUGGGAUAUAAUCAGAUACCUAAAGGCUGGGAGACGCAUGCCUCAUCCAAACUACUGCCCUGACCAGCUAUAUGAAAUCAUGCAAAACUGCUGGGCCGAGAACCCAUCUGACAGACCAACCUUUGCCGAGCUGGUUGACGACAUCACGGACAUGGUGAAGCAGAUUGAGAUGAAGACAGGCAUGAUGAAGCGCAACAUUGAAUCCACAUACGUCAAUGUGGCAGAGUGCAGCCAUUACCACUACAGGGAUGCUGUGGAUGGGAUGGGGAACGCCAGGUCCAAGAAAGACCCCUCAAACAACAAUCACAAAGUUGAGGAAGAGGAUGAUGUUUUUGAUGAUCAGCAAGUGACAGAGCACACAUCAUUAAAAGUUUAACCCCUUGCUUGUGUGUUAACAUGAAAGUGUAUUCAGUUGGUACACAGACUACUUUUAAAUAUUGUAUAUACAAAUGUUGUAAAAACAUUUAAGUUAGGCUAGCAUAUUUAAAUAUAUAUUUUUUAUGUAAGUCCCAUUUACCUCACUACAACAAAAUUGUAUUUACAGUAUUUUCUUUGUAAUAUUUUUUUUUCUUUUUUUAAUGAGUUGUAUUACAGAUUCAGUAUAUAUAAAUAUUA